AUGUUUAAUACAAAGGCAAUGGAUACUUUUAGUUCGCCGACACUGCACGUACCUUUUCAGAGAACCCCUCACUUCUCACACCCUCUAUAACUAUAUCUUCUUUCUCUGCUCCCUCUGUACCUUACUAUCACUGCCUCUCUCUCUCUCUCUCUCUCUCACACAACAUGGUGCAAUCAAAGAAGUUCAGAGGCGUCAGGCAGCGUCAUUGGGGUUCGUGGGUAUCCGAAAUACGCCACCCAUUACUGAAGAGAAGGGUGUGGCUAGGCACAUUCGAGACAGCUGAAGAGGCAGCUAGAGCUUAUGACCAAGCUGCCAUUUUGAUGAGUGGGCGCAAUGCCAAAACCAAUUUCCCAAUAACACAGACUCCGACUGGGGAAACAAAGAGUAGUACUGAGGAAUCUCCAUCAUCACCGAAGGGUGGUUUAUCAGAAAUUCUACACGCUAAGCUUCGAAAAUGUAGCAAAGCACCUUCCCCAUCCAUGACUUGUCUCAGGCUUGACACUGAGAAUUCUCAUAUUGGAGUGUGGCAAAAACGUGCGGGUCAACGUUCUGAUUCCAACUGGGUCAUGACUGUUCAGCUUGGAAAGAAGAACAGCAAUAAUAAUGCCACUGAUGAAGCUCAAAAUAGCUCAUUGCCUUUGUCUUCCGAUCAGUCUCCACCAUUGAUGUCAGGGCCUGAACUGAGAACAGAAAUGGAUGAAGAAGAGAGAAUUGCACUGCAAAUGAUAGAGGAGCUUCUUAACAGGAAUUGUCCUAGCCCUUCUUCAUCAUCAUCAUUUGGUAUUCAAGAAGGAGAGGAAAGUCUUUACCUCUAGUCUUUUAUCUCAUGGUUACUAAAUUAUAUGGUGAAACAAACUUCUUGUGUUUGUAUAGAGUUCACUUUCCUUAAUUAUAUGUGUAGCGUAAGCAUAUAUACUAUGUGCUGUGCACAAAGAGAAAAAUUGAAAGAUAAGCAAUUGGGAUAUCUUUGUGAAGAGCAAAACCCAUAUGAUAAAACCAAAACCAAAUCAAUGUCUCAAGAUUUGGUUAUAUGUCAGUGUGACAGUGAAUAAAUGGAAUUGUGUUCUAUUACAAUUUA